GAAGCGCGCGACACGCGCGGCGCCCAUUGGCUGCGAGGCGCGCGGGGUUUUUGGAGAGUUGCGUCGGAAGGAGCUGAGGAGCGCCGAGAGCGGCUGCCUCUCGCCCCGCCCCACCCUCAGUGCUGGGCGCCGGGGCCUGCGCUCCGUGCUGCUGGCUCGCUCCGUAAGCGCUGGUGGCUCAGCUGCGGGCGGGGCGAGGGGAAGCGGUUGAGCCCCUCCAAGGGCUGCGAGGUGCGAUUCUCUCCCACCUCCCUCAAUCAGCUCUUCUCUGUGCCCGUCAGGGCGCUGGCCCGCGGAGGCAGCGCCUCGAAGUGGCAAGGCUGAACCUGUACUCUGGUGAGGGACUCAACUUAAAAGAAAAUGUCCACAUCUAACAUUGCAGGAAGAGUGGAAACAUGGCUUUCAUCCGUGUGGCAUGUUAAAGUUCCUCUGGCAUGGCUGGAAGCAUGUAUUAGUUGGAUCCAGGAAGAGAACAGAGGUAGUAACUUAAGUCAAGACCAGAUUAACAGGCAGGUAUUUGAGCAAUGGCUUCUUACUGAUCUAAGAGAUUUGGAAUAUCCCAUUUUGCCUGAUUGCAUCUUAGGUUCUCCCAAAGGAGAGCUGUCAGGUUUCUACUCCAUACAAAUUGAUUCACUGGUUGAUGUCAGCCAGCCAGCAUAUUGCCAGUUGCAAAAGCUAAGAGGCAAAAAUACCAUAAAUGAGGAAGUAACAGCCAGUACUCAGGUAUUCCAGAAGCCAUGGGAAACAAAGCCUACUCGAAUGCUGAUGCUGCAACUAACUGAUGGGAUACAUCAAGUUCAAGGCAUGGAGUAUCAGCUAGUGCCCAUCCUUCACAGUAAUCUUCCUCCUGGAACAAAAAUCACUAUACAGGGUAAUAUUGCUUAUCGUCUUGGUGUCCUAAUGCUGAAACCAGAAAAUGUGCAACUGUUAGGGGGCGAAGUGGAUGCUCUUCUGGAGGAGUAUUCUCAGGAAAGAGUCCUUGCUAGAUUAAUUGGAGAAACUGAAAACCUUAAUUCUGCUGGACAAGCUUCUCAUAACCAAAGUAUUUCAAGGCCUUUGGAUGAGGUAGAACAAACUCUAGGCCCUUCAGAUGAAGAGCUUUUAGCUAGUCUUGAUGAAAAUAAUGAAUUUACUUUAAGCAAUGAAACAUCCUUAGAAAGUGGAUACUACACUAGAAGCAACAAUUUUAAUGCAGCCUCAGGUUCACCGAAUGCAUGCAAUGGUAAUGUUUUGCAACGGGAAUCUGGAAGUCCUUUGCAUCAUUCAGAUCAGCAAGUGUCACCUCCUAUAGAAUAUGCUGAUGGCUUUUUAAAUGACUUUCCUUUAGAAGAUGACUUUCUUCUGGAAGAAGAGAUGCAAAAAGAUAUGGAAGAAGUGAAACCAGUGGUCAUGAACAGAAAGAUAAGUUUAGUUACUGAGAGACUUCCACAUAUGUCUGAAAGCUCCUGUAAUUCAUUUUUAAAUAGCACCUGUGAUAUAGGUAAUACAAAUGAAAGAGAUAAACCUGUAGAAACUACCAGUAAGCAAAAGACUGUUGGAAGAACAGUAUUUAGUGGAGACAGAAACAGCAGCUUCUCUCAACACAGGAGUGGACAUCAGACCUGCAGUUUUGCAGAUUGUUCUUUGGACAGUCCUCCUAAAGAAAGACAAAAUGAUACAGAGCUAGAUGAGAGCAGAUGUAAAUCCCAGAACAAUUCAGACACCAGACUGCUAAAUGAUGAUACUGUCUUUUUUUCAAAAGUGGAUCCAGAAGGUCAGCAGAAGCGUGAUUCAGAGACUUUUCCCUGCACAGGAGUGGAAGCACGUUUGGACUUAGAUUCUCCACCUUUCACAUAUAUUUCCAUUCUCCUUGCAAAAAAGCUAGAAACUGUUACAAAGCUGAAAGUUAAGGCUUUUAUUGUUACUCUCACUGGAAACCUUACAAGCAGCAAUGGAUCCUGGGGUAUAAAGGCAAAGAUUUCUGAUGGUUCAGCUUAUCUUGAGGUAGAUUUUGCUGAUGAUGUUCUAACAAGUUUGAUUGGCUUUUCAGUGCCUGAAAUGAAUAAACUGAGGAAGGAUCCAGCUUUACAUCUGAAGUUUAAGGGUGGUUUAGAGAAAUGUCAAAAACAACUGAUUGAUCUUUGUUGCUUGAUGACUAUAGAGUUUAACCCAUUUCAGUUUAAAGCUACUGUAUUAAAUCUCCAGGAUGCUGAUGAAAGACAUCUAGAACAACUGAAGAAACGUUUGAAUAAAUAAUGUAUACAAA